ACCGAUGGCUGUCAAACUCAACACAGCCGUGCCGACGAACAGACCGCACAAAGCGUAAUGCAAAAGAAUUGAAAAAAAUCAUCAAGUAUAGAGGCCAAAAAGCAGUCGGCGUAUAAUUAAACAAAUUGCCGUUCGAUGCGGAGCAACUAAAUGCGGCGACCACAGCGCGAAGAAGAAGGCGAGCGGCAAACGAAUUGCGGUGGCACCAAAAUAAGCCGAUAAAACGGCGACCGCAAUUUAGGCAAAACACACACACACACACACACGUUGAGUUUGGGGCCACACACACACACGGACACACAUGCCACUGAGAGCCUCCCAUACAAGCAGACCACAACACACACACACACAUACAAGCGCGCGUGCCUUGGCAGGUGAGAAGAAGAAGUGGUGGCGGAGGAGGAAGGAGGAGGAGCAAAAAGGAGGCGCCAAAGGCCCCACAAAAUUGGAUAGAAUCACCGGAACAGGCUGCAUUAUCUCCACGAGAAGAGGAAGCAGCAGAAGCGAGGAAAACCAACAGAAGCAGCAGCAGCGUAUUUGGCGAAAAACUUGCAUUGAUGGUAAUGCAUGCUAGAAAACCGCAGCGUAUGAACGAUGGGUACUUUGAGAAGCAUACCAGCCACACAUCAUACCAGAGCUCAAAGUACAGCAGUUCAAAGCGCGACUACGAACGCGAUCGUUCCUCCAAUUAUCGCGAUCGCGACCUGUCGCCAGGCGCUGGCGGUGGAGGAGGCGGGGGAUCCGCUGGAGGAGGAGGAGGCGGCGGCGGGGGCGGCAGCGGCAAUGGCGGCGGACCAUUAAACAAUGGCAACAGCUAUCGCUCCCAAUCCCCGGACAUUGAUUCGCCAUCGUCCCGUUCGCACGAUCUUCGCGAUCGCAGCGAUCAUCGGGGCGGCGGCGGCGGUGGCGGUAAUGGGCGUGGCGGCAGCGGCGAGCGGUACAGCUUCAUACAGAAGAUGCGGGAUCGAGAUCGAGAUGUCUACAAGAAGGAUAAAUAUUCAGACAAACGUGAUCGGCGUGGCAACGAUCGCGACUCGGAGUCGUCGUACCGGACCAACCAUGACAGGGAUCGGCGUGGCGGCGGCGGAGGAGGAGGCGGCGGCGGCGGUGGAGGAGGAGGCAACGCCAGCGGCAAGCUGUGCUCCUCGCGGGAGAACGACAAGCGCUCGGGUUCCGAUGAUCGCGACCGGGAGCGAGAUCGAGAUCUGCGGGAUCUGCGCGAUAAGCGGGAUCGCGGCUCCGAUCGCGACAGGGAUAUGUACAAGAAGGACAAGUAUACAGACAAACGCGAACGCACCGAUCGCGGCGAGCGAACGGCUCGUUAUGGCGACUGGAGCGAGCAUGUCAGCUCAUCGGGCAAAAUGUAUUACUACAACUGCAAAACGGAAAUCUCCCAAUGGGAGAAACCAAAGGAAUGGGUGGACAGAGAAAGAAAUUUGCCGCGCGAUCAACAUCGUGAGAAGGAUUAUCGCGACAAGGAUCGCGAUCGUGACCGCGAUGAUCGUUUCUCCAGAUCGACAUACAAACAUUCCAAUUCUUCGCGCGACAAUUCACGACUGAGAUGGAAUUACGACAACGAUGGCGGUCCGCCCAGCCAUCGAAGGCGUUUGGAUGGUCGACACAACGACAAUGCUGACAUGGACAUAAGCGGCGACUCGACGCCCACCUCGGAGGCCAGUUACUCGCUGAGCGGCACGCCCACCACCCAUGGUGGAGGUCCCAGUGGCGGCGGCAACAGCGAUCAGCCCAUGGGCAACGCCCUGCCCCGUUUGGCCUCACACCCGAAUGCCAAUUCCUCGGCCUCUGUGGCGACGGGACUGCACGGAGCGGGCGGUGGCCCGGUGACGGGAGCCACAAUGUUGCCCACCAGCGGACUCUCGUCGUCGGGCAGCAGCGGCGGCAGCAGCAACAAUGCAAACAGCAGCAGCAGCAGCAGCCUAAGGAAUUCUGUCGGCGGCCACAUUGGCUCUACUUCCGGCACAACUGUGCCCACACUGGGCAGUCAGGAUCCGCACCAGCACCAUCUGAACUCGAAUGCUCCACUGCCGCCGGGUGCCAAGGGCAAGGAUCAGGCCAAUCUGCUGAUGCGCCAGAAGAUGCAUCUCGGCCUGGGCGUGCUCGAUGUGCAGUCGCAUCAGGGCGUCAACUCGGUUGGAUCGGCGGCAGAUGGGGUGGCCAACCAUGCCUACAAUUCGGUCAAUAACUCGGUCUCCGGCAGCUUACGGGACAACAGUGUAAACUCGCCGCUGUACAUGCCGCAUCCGCACCACAGCCUCUCGCCGUCGUUGAGCUACACGAAGAGUCCCAUCCCGACGAUUGUGGGCCACACGAAUAAUGUGAGCAGCGCCUACACCUGCAAUCCACCCUUCGGCCUCAAGACGGCCCUCGACGGCGGAGUGCUGGUGGCGAACGCCUCGCCGGCCACGCCCGGCGGCAAUGCCUCAUCCUCCGGCUCCAGCGGAGCGAAUAGCAGCCAAAGCAUCGUGCCCGGCUUGGGCGCCGUCAGCGGCAUCAGUGUGAUCACCUCGAUGGGCAGCAACAGCGGGGCGGCGGCGGGUGGCGAGGGCCCGCCCACGCCGACACAGGAACUCGACUUGAGCGGCUCGGCGCUGGAGCAGCAACAGUUGGCCGUCGCAGCGGCAGCAGCAGCAGCAGCAGCGGCAGCGGCCAGUCUUCAGCUGCAGGCGGCGCAGCAGGCCCAGCAGCAGCGUAAAUUGGAUGGCACCUCGUCGGCCACGCUAAGCUCGCUGCAGAGCUGUGUGGGCUCCUCGGGUCAGGCGGCCAAUCUACGCGGUCCCGAGAUUUCGCCCAAGCUGGCCAAAUAUUUCCGCGCCGAUCUGAUUGCGCAUGUGACCAACUGGCAGGCGGAGGUGCUGGAGCGUCAGGUAAGCUGUGAGAAGUGCUGUGAGGAUACGCACCUGUUUGGCGACAUCACCUGCACGAGGAUAUGCGCGGAGUUGAAGUGCGCCCGCAGCCUGGUGCGCAGCACCGAGAUCAAUGCCACCCUGCAGGAACAAAAAAUCAUGUAUUUGCGCCAACAGAUCCGCCGCAUUGAGGAGUCGAAGACUCAGAACGCGUUCAUGUCGGACGAUACUUAGGAUCAGGAGCAGGUUAGGCUGCGCGUGCAUCGCAAGCUGUCUGUCAGGCUCAAAAAGAGCUUCUUCUGGCGCAGCUGAUGAUGAUUGCGAUGAUGAUCGGUCCAUGGUGGCCGCCGCCGCCGCCAGCAGCUAGCCUUUGUCCUCGUUUCGCUAGGCCCGGAUCAAAGCCCUUUGUGUUAUGUGGGCAUCAGCUGGGCACGGAUUAAACGAAUGGACGACGAAUACUGGCGGGGCGGGCCCACGACAAUGACUGAUAAACCGCGUGCAUCCUGCUCCAUCCUCCUACUUCUCUCCACUGGGCGACGCAUCUCUCCCCACCACCACCACCACCACCAGCCCGCGAUUCACUUGUGUUCGGAUUAGGAUCCAGUUACAGUUCCAAUCCCCAGCCCAACCGACCAUGUGGUGGCAGCAUAUGGAUCUGGUUUAUGUGGACUUGGCACAAGACAAAUCAGGAUAAAUCAACCAACUGCAACAGCUGCGACAACAAGAACUCCAACAAGAAACACAACAAAACUAAAACAUAAUUUAUAAUUAGCAAAGCGUAAAUUAAAAACAAAAUUAAACUUAAAUAAGCAUGAAGCAAGGCGGAGGAAAAGCCAGAAAGCCAGAAAGCAGAGAAAUAGCCACAAACACACCACGCAAGAUAACUACAAAAAUGGAGAAUAGUGCCGACAAAAACCUAUCAAGAUCAAGAAGCAAUAUGGAUAAAGCCUCGAUACGAAUCGAAACAAACAAAAGAUAAACAAACGAAAUAGGAUCAACAACACCAGCAACAAAAACAACACCAACUAAAAAACAAGUCAACAUAGUAUACUCAACUGCAAUAAAAAGCUAAUUAAACUAUAUACAAAUUAUAUAUAAAUAAAUAUAUAUAAAUAGAGUAUAUGAAAGAUGAAAGAUUGUAUAUUUACAACAGCCCAACAUAAAUAUGUAUGAAAAUCAUGAUGAUAAAAUGAUUACGAUGACAACCAAAAUGCGAGUCAAGGCGAGCCGAAUGCGAGUGCGAAUGCACGCUUCUCGGGACGAGGAAAUCGACAAUUUUCUAUAUAUAUAUAUAUCUAUAUAUAUAUUGGUUGGGGAUCCUGCGACCCAGCGCCGUUAAAUAUUAAUUUUCAUUUUGCGAUCGAAAAUGUUUGUUUAUUCUUUUGAUUAUCGGCUCACUGUCCUGCUAAUUGGAACUUGUAGAUUCUUAUUUUGUAGUUACUUACAUUUACCGAUAAAACGCCACGCCGCCGCACACCCAAAAUUUCAAUUUAAGUAUUUGUAUCAGAAAAUGUUAAUGAAACAAAACAAAAGAAACUUAUAUUUAUCAUACAUCUUUUUUUUUUAAACCUCCGAUUGAAAUUGCAGCAAGAUUUGUUUUCAGUUUUAGUUUAAUUUUUUUGUAUGCUCUACAUUUACGUCUUACCAAGUAUAUGACCAUAUAUUUUUUAUUAUAUAUGCAUAUAUAAUUUA